AUGGCGAUAUUUUCUCUUGACGAGGACAUCGCAAGGCUAACCGUCAAUGGAAGCUGUGCUUUGAUCGACAGCGAAGAUGACGAUUUCGAACAGGAAACAUCGGGCGAAAUAUGGCAUAAAAAUCUACUUUCCGUGGGACCACAGCCGGAGCAGCCAUCGUCGCAGGUACAUCUCUCGAUACCUUCCAGCUCACCUUUGAACAUAAGCAAAGAGCGGAGACGGUCUUCUAUCUACGACAAGAUGAGCGUUGUUACGCCCCCAAAUACAAGACGAGUGCAGAUGACUCAAGCCGAACCUAUGGGUACCGGGUGUACUUGUAGUACUGCUACACUUGGAAAACAUGGCCCGCGUGUACUGGAAGAUUUCACACCUAUCAGGGUAUUAGGCCGAGGAGCGUACGGGAAAGUACUGCUCGUCAAAGACUCGCAUACGAACCGUUUGUUUGCGAUGAAACAACUGAAAAAGGCAGAAAUACUGAUCCAUGACGAAUCCUCGAUGUUCGAAUCCGAGGAAUACGCACUUGAAAAGAAACUGGAGCGGACUUUUGCAGAAAGAACAAUCUUGUCGAAAUUGGAGCAUCCCAACAUCGUGAAACUUUUCUACACGUUCCACGACCAUCAUCAAUUGUAUCUGGUGCUCCAAUUCAUUCCUGGGGGUGAGCUUUUCUAUCACUUGAAGGAGCAGGGUGUAUUGGAUGAAGACACAGUAGCAUUCUAUGCUGCAGAAAUAAGUUCUGCUAUCAAAUUUCUACAUCAAAGGGGAAUAGUUUAUCGCGAUUUAAAACCAGAAAACUGUCUUUUGGACGAACGGGGACAUCUGGUGCUAACUGAUUUUGGACUCAGCAAAAAAAGCGCCAGUGAUCCCGCUAGUCAAACAGAUGGUAUCGAACUACAAGAAGGAGAACCUGUUGAGACUCUCUAUUCGAUCAUUGGCACGCCUGAAUACUGUGCCCCAGAGAUUCUCGACGGCAAGCCCUACACUCAGAAUUGCGACUGGUACUCUCUUGGAUGUUUAGUGUAUGAUAUGCUUACGGGAAAGCCACCAUACACGGGUCCCAAUCACAAGGUCAUAUUGAACAAAAUCUUAAAGGACAAAGGACCUAGGAUUCCGACAUUUUCUAGCGAAGGUAUGAAAGAUUUCUUGGGAUCUUUACUCCGAAAAGACGUAUUAAAAAGAUGGGAUGUUGAUAGAUUAUGGGCUGUUGACGGCCCAAAGCCUAAGAAGAAAAAGGCUGGACAAGCGAAAACCACAAGCUUUCAGUCUCACUUUAUAUUCCGUAAAAUUGACUGGACUAAACUGGAGAGUGGGGAACUUCAGAAAACGACUAAUGGCCCAAUUUUGCCUAUCAUUACAAACUGGGAGCUGGCUGAGAACUUCGACACAGAAUUUACGAAUAUGCGUUUGGACAGUGCAGGUGGAUGCAUUGAUCCCAAACAAGAAGUAAAACCGGAACACGCUCAUCUUUUCCAGGGAUUCAGUUACGUUGCGAGCUCAAGCUAUCUGGAACGCCAUUUUUAA